GAUUAAAGGAUCGUUAACUGCAACUUCAAGCACCUGAUUCAUUCUGGGAAUGUAUGGGCCUUAAGUGGUGUUCUGGCCGACACACCGAGGUGACCAUAGUGUCAUAAGGACUGACCAGUGCCACAGACAUUUGGAGUUUUCCUCACUCACAAGACUUGUGUUACAAAUGGUGAAUACACAGCAGACCUUUAAAUCAGAUGUACUGUAGGAUCUUACUAUGUUAUAACGGUGUGAGAGGUAAUUUAUUUAAUCUAUGUCAAUCAAAUAAAGACAGUAGAGUAAAUCUGAAACAGCAUUAAAAGGAUUAAAGGAGCAAUCAGUUGAAAUGGCUCCUCUCUCAGGGGAAAUAUCAUGGGACCCUUAAUCACCCACCCAUUCAUUCAUACUGUAUGAUGAUUAAAAGCACCUUUGCCAUUGACAGAUGGAAGAUUGUGUCCAGAAACCUGAUACAUUUGCUUCAGUGUCAUAUAACCAAUCCACAGAAUUUGGUGGGAGUUAAAAUGUUGCAUACAUUGUACACAGACUGAGUUACAUCUGGAUUUUGCCAGACUUUUGCUCCUCCUGAGACGCUGUAAUUUGAGCUCAGAGGGCUGGUUUCUCUGACAGACUGACCUUAUUUCCCCCAACCAGGACACAAGAACAAAGUACCGACUGUUCAUCCUGAGAAGAAACGAGGUGAAAGACGUCUAACAUGAGGACAUGUCUCUACCACGUCUUGGUAAAUAGACUAAAAACGCUCUUUUCCAUAAAUGUUAUGAUUUUAUUUCUAUCAAAAAACAACAUUACUCUAUUGUUUAGCCACUUGUCAGGACGCGUACUUGAAGUCCCCACUCAAGACGUUCAGUCUCACCUUUCGCUUGAUGAAUUGAAUCAAUCGGAUAAUUCAGUUUAACUGAUUGAUUAAUCACAUGCCCGCGCGGGGAUGCGGCUACUGUGCCGCUGCACUGGAAGGGGGCGUCAGGCUGCAUCUAUCAACAAGUUCCUGUCAAAUCUCUGCUGCACGGGUUAAUAAUUUAACCCGGUUAUUAUCUCGUACUUAGUACUUCAGCGUGGAGUUUGGAGUCUGCCCUCCCCUAUUAGGAGAAGCUUGGACUUGCUUUGCCUUUCUUUGUGCCUCUGACUCUGCUGUGUGGGGUUUCAUUCAUCUGGCUGCAGGGAGAGGACGCACAAUGUUAAUUCUUGUUGUGUUCUUGCUUUGUACAGCCUCCUCUGUCUCAGCUUCUGCCAAAGGUGGUGCUGCUGGACCCCGGCUGAACAACAACCAGCUGUACAAAUUCAUCUACACCACUGAGGUGCUGGUGGACAGGGCUAGUGGGUCAAAAGAGGGCAGUGCUGGCUACAAGAUCUCAAGCCAUGUGGACGUCAACCUUGUGUGGAGGGAUCCCAGCAGCAAGGAUGACCAACUCAUUCAGUUGGCGAUCUCCAAUGUAAAGCUUGAGCCUGUGUCCCAUCAACCUGAGAAGAAGGAUGUCCUGCAUGGAUCCACAGCCGAAAGUGUUUUGGGGAAGACCAAACUAGCUGCUCUGACAAAACCAUUCUUUUUGCAUCUGAAGAAUGGAAAGGCUAAAGCAUUUUAUUCCUACUGGGCUGAACCUGCAACCAUCAAGAACCUAAAACGAGGACUGGCCAGUUUACUGCAAGUACAGCUGAAUACUGGGAAGGUUAUAGAGAAUGAUGUUUCUGGAAGGUGCACAGUGGAAUACAGGGCAGUAAAAGGUCAAGUGACAAGAACAAAGAUCCUGGAGACAUGUAAGACUGAAGAGACUGGAUUCACCACACACACUCAGGUCUUGGGUGUGAGCAGGAAGUCCAGUUCUGUUACAGUGUUCACACUUAAAGGUGGUUUUAUCCAGUCAGCCGUGGCUGAAGAAACACACUCGCUGGCUGUUAACGCUCGGAGAUCUGCUGCAGUUAAAGUUGUGUCCAGGCAAACCCUCACAUUGGUAAGUACGGAGGCUGGGUCGUUUGAGGCUGCUGGGAAAGAUGUUGCUGGUGUUGUCAAGUCAAUUGAUGCCAAACUGGCAGCUGUAGGUGUUGCGGCUGAGAAGGUCAAAUCCCAGUGCAAAGGCUGUCCUUCACUUUUUGAACAUUGGCAGGCUCAUCAGAAGCAGCUGGAGCCAGCAAACCUGUCCAAAGCCAUGGCUCCUCGCAGCUUCCUGGCCAUCAUCCAGAGCAUUAGGAAGGCGUCCAAGGAUGAGAUCCUCAAAGUGCUGAAGAGUGCCAGCAAGACCUCUCUACCUCAGGUGGUGGAUGCUGUGACCUCUUCCCAGACCGCUGCAUCUCUGCAUGCCAUGCUUGAUUUCCUUAACUUCACUGAUGCUAAAGGUUUGGUUCUGCAGGAGAGGUUUCUCUAUGCAUGUGGCUUUGCGUCACAUCCCAAUGAGAAGAUGCUCCAGGCUUUGUUGGAUAUCUCCAAGGGAAAGAUUGGCAGCACUGAUAUCAAAGAAUCUCUGGUGAUCAUUAUGGGAGCCCUGGUCUACAAACUGUGUCAGAAAGGAGGAUGCAACUUACCAACAGUGGUGCAGGUGAAGAAACUGAUUUUAGAGGGUCCUGACAGUACACGGGUUGAGUCUGAGGUCCAGAUGUACCUUCUUGCUCUGAAAAACUCAAUGCUCCCCGAGGCCAUUCCCAUCUUUACCAAAUACGCAGAGUCAGAAGUCGGAGCUUACAGCACCAUCGCUCUCACCGCCCUACAGAGAUACAAUGCCAAUCUCAUCACUGAUGAGGUCAAACAGACAGUGAACAGGGUUUACCACCAAAACCAACGCAUCUAUGAGAAGAAUGUGAGAGCUGCUGCUGCUGACAUCAUCUUGAGUAGCAACCCCUCAUACAUCGAGGUCAAGAAUCUGCUUCUGUCUAUUGGAAACCUGCCCCACGAAAUGAACAAGUACAUGGUGUCUAAGAUCCAGGACAUUCUCCGCUUCGAAAUGCCUGCCAGCAAAAUCAUACAGCGAGCUUUGAAGGACAUGAAUACACAUAACUAUGACCGUUUUGCUAAAACUGGGUCAUCAUCUGCAUUCUCAGGAUUCAUGGCACAAUCUGCUGAUGUGACCUCCACGUACAGUUUGGACAUCCUGUAUUCAGGCUCAGGAAUCUUGAGGAGAAGCAAUAUGAAUAUUUAUGGUGCUAGUAACGGAGCAGUGCUACAUGGACUACAGGUUGCGAUCGAGGCCCAGGGUCUGGAGUCCCUGAUCGCUGCCACACCUGACGAGGGAGAGGAGGACCUGGAGUCGUUUGCUGGAAUGUCGGCUCUGCUGUUCGAUGUCCAGCUCAGACCUGUUACCUUCUUCAAGGGUUACAGUGACCUCAUGUCCAAAAUGUUCUCCAUGACGGGGGAGCCCAUGAAUGUAGUGAAGGGUCUCAUCCUACUGACUGAUCAUUCUGAAGUCAUCCAGCUGCAGUCUGGUCUGAAGGCUAGUGCAGAGUUUCAGGGAGGGUUAGCCAUUGACAUUUCUGGAGGCAUGGAGAUCAGUCUGUGGUACAGAGAGUCCAAAACCAGCAUCAACAACAGGGGAGCACUAGUGGUCACUGGUAAUGUUACUGUGGAUAUGGACUUCAUGAGGGUGGGUGUGGAGGUCAGCUUUGAAACAGAGGCAUCUCUGGACUUCAUCACCACCGUCCAGUUCUCUGAAUAUCCCUUCCUGGUAUGCAUGCAGAUGGACAAAACUACCUUCCCCAUUAGUGAAUACCUGAGCAAGUAUGAGAGCCUAUCAUCAGGAAAGAGCAUCAUGUCACGUAAGAGCCGGAAGCAGCUCAUCCCCGGCUCUGAAUUCCCUCUUCACCAGGAAAACUCAAACAUGUGCAAGAAGGUGUUUGACUCCAGCUGGUAGAGAUACCAAGAAAUAUCCAAGGAGCGAGUCUUCAUUCUUAUGGGCAUGUUAUUGUCACUCAGAGAGAGUUCAUUGCAUUCAGGGACAACUAUUAACUCAGCUUCAAGCAGUGAAAGACAGAAGAGAGAAACAGGGUGAAUAUUUUUUUUAACAACACAUGCAAUGUUUACAUUCCUGUGAGUAUUUAAGUCCAUUUAAUUUGACAUUUUGUUUGAAAUCAGGAAUUCUUGCAUUGUCUUUUUAUGGAUUUCUUUGAAAGUGUAUUUAUGAUGAGCACAUAUGUUUUAUUUGAUGCAUAAUACUCAGCACAAAUAGUUCCACUCUAAUCUCCCCCAGCGCAGUUACAGUAACGAUGUACAGUACUGUACAUGUAAAUAUCACACUGUGGCUUAAUUUUCCCAUGAAUAGAAAUGCUCCUGUUUUUUAAUUAAUGUGUUAACUACCAUUUAUUGCUUUAUGUCACUGUAUCGCUGUUUAUACUCCUGAAAACCUUGUGUACCUGUACCACAGUAAUGUAUCCAUUGAUUCCAUUUUUAUAAUCACAGAGAAAGUGCUUGCAUUGUAUUUACAUUGUAUGUGCAAGAUAGAAAAUGAAAAUAUUAUCUAUAAAAGUGAAUCUGUCAAUACUUGAAUAUAUUUUUUGUAUGAUGCUAUAAUUGCUCUGUCUGAAAAUGUCUGGGUAGUAAGAAUUUUGAGCCACUCUCAUGUUAUUAGAUUUGU